AUGAAAGAUUUCUUAACUUCCAAUGGUGUUCGCCUGUGUUUGUCGUCACCAUAUCAUCCUGCAUCCAAUGGUGAAGCUGAACGUGCAGUUCGGACAUUUAAGGAAGCCAUGAGAGUCAUGAAGAAUGAACCGGGUACCCAAACGCAGAAAUUGGCUCGAUUCCUUUUGAGCUACCGAACCACGCCCCAUACCGCCACUGGGUGUCCACCAGCAGAAAUUUUGAUGGGUCGCAGAUUGAGAACAAGGCUUGAGUUGCUUAGACCCGACUUGUCUGCACGGAUGGAAAAAAAGUCGAGGAGGAUAAAUCCCAUGGUUCGACGCGGUUUUGAGAUUGGUGAACCUGUCAUGGUGAAGGAUUAUCGUAAUCGUGGAUCCGCUUGGACUAAGGGGGUUGUUCAAGAUCGACUGGGUCCGGUCACAUACCGAGUGCAAGUUGAAAAGUUGCUCUGGAAAAGACAUGUCGAUCAGUUGCGAGAACUAGCUGGCUCAAAGGUAGCCGAUGUUCAGCCGAAUAGCUGUGAAUUACCAGAGAUCGAUUUGCCUGAGAAGGUAGAUGCAAGUGUGUCUGUUACAAAUCAAGACCUAUCGCCCCAACAACAGUCUAUGCCGAAUGAGAAGUCUACCAAGCCCUCGGUUGAAGUCGCAUCACCUGGACAGAGUAUUACACUAGAAGAUGUUACGCAUAAUACUGUUCCUGAAGAGCCCAGACGUCGUUCAUCUAGAAUUCGAUCGAAACCUAAACGUUUAAUUGAAGAGAUGUAG